AUGGAGUUAUUAAUAAGCAAAACAAUCGUUUAUGGUCAGAUUUAUGUCAAUCCUCAUUGGGCAGUGGAUAGCCGUCACCAAACUGUGUGGGGUACAAAUGUUUGGUGUGGACUUAUAGGUGGCAAAUUAUUAGGUCCGUAUUUUUAUGAAGAAAACUUAAAUGCAAGACGAUAUUUAGCAUUUUUAACAAAUGUUUUACCAUUGAUGUUAGAAAAUUUACCAUUAGCUACACGUCAAACCCUUUAUUUUCAACAUGACGGAGCUCCUGCUCAUAAUGCUCAUAUUGUUCGAGAUCAUUUAAAUCGAGUAUAUGAGGGAAAGUGGUUCGGCACUUAUGGUCCCAUUGAAUGGCCAGCAAGAUCUCCAGAUAUUACUCCACUUGAUUUUUUUUUAUGGGGCCAUUUGAAAACAAUAGUCUACGCAGAUCCACCAGUAAAUUUAGCCGAAUUAAAAAAUAAAAUCGUGGUUGCCUGUAAUAACCUUACCGAAAAUCAAAUAAUGUCAGCAACCAAUAGAGGAUGUCUACAACGCUUUCAAUUAUGCGUCGAAAAUCACGGAGCAAACUUUGAACAAUUUAUUUAA